AUGGCAUCUAUUUGCGAGACAAGAAUGAAGUUGGCAACUUGCUCAUUUGUUAAAGUCGACGUCAGCGUCAGAGUCGACAUCAGCGUUAAAGUCGACAUCGGUAUCGAUGUCAGCUUUGAAGCCAGUGUUAGCGUCGAAAUCGGUGUCAGUGUUAAAGUCGGCGUCGACAUCGAAGUCGGCAUCAAAGUCAGUGUCGGCAUUAAAGUCGGCGUCGGUGUCAACGUCGACAUCGAUAGAGUGCGAGCAUUGGACGUAGUGUUGAAGAAGAUGAGCGGAGCAAGGAAGAAGACGAGCAACGGGAGGCGGAAGACCGAGAUCAAGAGGAUUGAGAAGGAACAAGCGCGGCAGGUGUGCUUCUCCAAACGCCGCGCCGGCCUCUUCAAGAAGGCCAACGAGCUCUCCCUCCUCUGCGGCGCCCAACUCGCCGUCGUCGUCUUCUCGCCUAGCGGCAAGCCCUUCUCCUACGGCCACCCCUCCGUCGACUCCAUCCUCGACCGCUUCUCUUGCUGGCCUUCUCCUCCUCCUAGCUGCCUUCUGCCACCGCACCCGUUCGUCCACCCCGUGAUUCACGCGCUCUGCCGCCAGAAGUCGGAGCUUAGGGAGCAACUCGAGGCGGAGAGGAGGAGGAAGGUGGCACUCGAAGAGGUGCUGCGGCGGCCUCGGGGCCCUGUGGCGGACCUGUUGAACGAGGACCUGGAGGAGCUGGGCCUUCCGGAGCUUGAUAAGUUGCGGACAGCGCUGGUGCAAAUACGAGCGGAGGCGGUGAGCAGAGCGGAGCAACUGGCCAUGAAGACUUUACAGGCGAUGAGUACGUCUGUAGUUCCCAGAAUCAGCUCAAACGCCGGUGCAUUGGUUGCCGCCGCCCCGGCGGCAGGGAGCGCGGGGGCUCCAACGGGUUUUGCCUACAUGCCGCCCUACGUCUAUCGCUUGGUCUAG